AUGAGGUUCUUCAUGUUGACAAUUUGCCUCUUGGCAACCGUAGCCUUGGCUUCUGCCUACCAGAAGAAGGCAGCUAUCCUCGGACAAAAAUCCUUCCUGGCCACUAUACCUUCCAGCUGCAUGGAAUAUGUCGAAAAGCUAGUCAAGUGGGAGAUCAUUGAGUCAAGCAAAAAGGAAAUUGACUGGAUCUUCAAAUGGCCCAACAGCACUACUUGUGCCCAAUUUGUCAGCGAUCAGCUCACCGAGGAGGAUGUUGAUCCCUGCAUGCAGUGCCUCCUGCCCUAUGAGCAACAUGUCAUCAAACUGCCCGGUUGUCAGAACUGCUACGACAAUUUCACUCAAGCUAAGAAACUCUGUAAACGCUGUCUCACGGAGAUUGUAUAUGUGACUGAGGCAGUGACCUGUGCGGUGGAGGCAAAGGUCAAGCUGAUACUGACUCUCCUGCAUUUGGGCGUAUAA